UACUAUUCUCUUCGGUGACGACAGAGACGACAACGACGACAACAAAAUCAUCAACUGGAAGUCCAUCUUCAACAAGUCCGCUCCCGGAAGUCUCAUCGUCCCAGGCGCCAGAGGUCACCACAGAGCCCUCACAUACAACUGCCACGACAAAUCAGCUGAUGACGUCAGAAAAAACGAGCGUCAUUACAACGAUGCCUAGGUUUACCGGCAUGUCCUCUACAGUAGCGCCUGACGUCACAACAGAGGCAGGGGAUAAUUACGUCACAACGGUUCCCCUUACGGCAGAACCAAGAAACACGAGCGCUAGAGUGACUCCAGCGGGGAAAGUACAACGCAGUACGGCUGCUUCAGGAACUCUGGGCACUGGCUACAUCAUCUUCAUUGUCAUCAUCAUCGUUGCCAUCAUAGUCCUAGCUGCUGCUGUUGGUAUAUAUAUUAAGAGGCGGUUCUACCCAACUAACAGCCACGGGAAGCUGGUAGAGGAGCACAACCCCGCCAACUUCUACAAGAUCGAUCCUGCGACAGGAGAAGACUCCGUGACGAUAGAUUCGGGGAUUGUGAACCCCUCGUAUGAUUACAUGAACGGGGCUGGCAAUGCAAGCGGCAACUCCUCCACAUCAGCAGCAGCAAAAAGCACGCAGUAGGACGGACAUCGAUCUAACUUCAGUCACGAUUGUGUACGCGCGUGUGUGUGUGUGUAUGUGUUUCAGAUUCACGAAAGUAUUUGUAACUUGCACAAAAUAAUCAUAACGAUUACCUCCCCCCCCUCGUCCCCCAUUCCAACCCCCAUGUGUCUCAGAUUCACAAAAGUAUUUGUAACUUGCACAAAAUAAUCAUAACGAUUACCCCCCCCCCCUCCGUCUCCAAUCCCAACCCCUUCCCCUCCCCUGUAUCUCCAUGAACACAUACCAUAGCCAAAGGGCCUCAGACAAUGUUAUGCUAUUCGCCAAAUAGGGUGCAUUAUCCAACAUUUAACUCCUCUUCUGGUGGGGGGCCCCGUAGUUUUACUAUGGGGGAGCAAAGAAUACACCUGCCGUGAUACUGCGUGUCGUAAGA